UUUUUGUUGAUAAAAAUGAAAAAUUAUGACAACUUAAAUUUUUUUUUGUUGGCAAACUGAUGGGGUAAAAAAAAUUAAAAUUAUUGGGAAAAAAAAAAAAAUAUUUAUGGUAAUUAUGAAAUUUAUUGAGUUUACUGCGACAAUUUACUGAUAAAAUAAAUAAAUUUGAUGAUCCCAUGGAUGAAAGAACAAAUCGCUGAUGUGUGGAAUAGGAAGAAUUCGUCACGGGCUGGCAAGAAAACGUCGGCGUCGACGGGUUCUGGAUCUGGGUCAUUGUCACUGUCAGCGACGAAUGACAGCAAAAAUUCUGACAUUAAAUGUAAUAAUAAAAUAAUGUCAUUGACUGCGGCUUCGACAUCAUCGAAUACUUUUAAUGUCACUGUAAUCAGUUUGGAAGGCGAAGUCCUGGAUGUUGCAGCAAAACCGGAUCUUACUGUCGAUAAAUUAAAGACGAUAGCAAUUAAAUUUUUCUACGGACCGGAUUCCGCAAAAGUGUCAUCGAAUUUUCAUCUAAUUGAUGCCGGGCGCAUAAGACGUUUGUCUGACGACAGUAAUCUGGUUGAAGAGAACAUUGGAGCUGAUGACGAAUUGCUGAUGGUCCAAGUCCGUCCCGUGGUUAAAACCAAGGAAAUAACUGAGGAGACUGUGAAGGGGCCGUCAGUUGAUACGAUCGUCAAGGCCACAAGUCACCUGUCGGAUCCAAAACCCCCGAGACCGACGCCUACGACUGAUUGCCCAGCGGAUUUCCAAGCGGAGAUACGCAAGAUCUUGAUAACUCUGGUGGAGGCGUCCGCUAAGAUCCUAAUGAACAGCCCGGAAGCUGCUACGCUCUAUGAAAUAAUACGAGAGACGUUGGAAUUGCGCUACAAACCUCCGUAUGAUCCUAAGACAGUUAAAUAUCUGACGGAUAUCGGGUUCGCGGAAGCUAAAGUGUUGAGGGCACUGCGCAUUUGCAAGAUGAACGUCUCGGAAGCAUUGGAAUGGCUGAUAGAGCACCAGGACGACCCUGAUGACUGUGACAAUGACGACUACUCGCUGCUGCCGUCAAUCCAAGGCGAUGCUGAGUCAAAUAAUCCGGGGGCUGGUCCCAGUUCUGGUUCACCGACUGGUUCUGGACCUAAGUCAGGAACUGGGUCUGGGACUGGAUCUAAACCUGGUCUUGGAUCUGGUCCUGGAUCAUCAAGACGGAAGAGCAUCAAAGAAGCCUGCUUUGAUAUCAUCAAAGGAACGAAGGAUUCAAAUAAAAAGGAGACAAAUUUAAUUUAUAUCGUUGGGUUGUUGCUGCAGAGUUUCCAUCAGUACAAGCAAUUGGAGUUCCGGCCGAAUCAUAAAGUAAAGGAUUCGUUGAUUGAAAUGGGAUUCCAGGAGAAAAGUGUAGUCGAAGCGCUUAAGAUAACGGGCAACAAUCAGUUUAAUGCUUGCGAAUGGCUACUGGGAGUGAGAAAUAAAAAUCUGCAUGACGUUGACCAGGGACUGGAUGCCGACAGUCCGAUUUAUGAGGCGAUAAUGAGCAAUCCUCAUGUACAACUCAGCCUUACUAAUCCUAAAAUGCUGCUCGCUUAUUUGUCGAUACUAGAGACACCUUCGUCAACAAGUAUUUGGAUUAAUGACCCGGAGGUAUCGCCUGUUUUGAGCCAAAUAUUCAAAACUUAUCAUUCAGAGAAACACGCGAUUCACAUGAAUCGCUAUGAAAAUUCAUCUAGUUAAUGGCUUAUUUAGUAUUUACUGUCAUUUAUUUACUAUGUAAUUAUUUAUGGUAACAAAGUAAUAAACUAAUGAUUAAUA